GGAGGGGAACCGGAGGGAAAGGCUCCUCUGCUUCAAUGGAAUAAAAACUGCGCAGUUUCUUUUAAGGAGUCCCCAUCCACAGCUCAGUUCGUGCGCAGUGGACACCUCUGGAGGAUGAUUCAGGGAUGGUGGCUGCUGCCUUUUCCUGGCUCCAGCCUUCCAUUUAUUUAUUUCAGUGCCCGCUCAGAGGAGGAAGGGGAGCUGUGCAAUCAUUCAGAAAAGGCGAUGCGACUAUGCAGAGGUGCAACAUGCAGACACGGUGGGUUUUCUUUCUGCUCCCUUCGCUGCACCUAAACUGGUUUUGGAUGCUGGAUGGAACUCAAAUUGGAUACGUGGUUUAGAAAUGACAGAGGAGAAGACGGGUUUUUUUAAGGGGGCUGCGUCAUCCCCGGAUGGGCAUGGAGGUGGACUGCUGUGCAGAUCUUUCUCUGGUUUUCGCUGCUGAUUCUGGGACUAACAUCUAAAAAGCAGCGGAGUGAGGAUGGGAAGGCGUCUCAGUGCUGUGUUUGAAGAACCGCCAGCGCCUGACUGAAGCCAUGAGAUAUCACUACAGGCUGCUGACUGCUGGAGGAAGAUGGAUGAGAUUCACUUCGACACCUGCAGCUGGAAAAAUCCUCCAUGUAAAGAACAGGAACUCUGACCUGCAUCCGUCUGCAAGCGAACAGAGCGUACCUGCUCAGGUUAGCCCACCCGCUUCCAACCCACUCUCACUCGGUGUGUGUGCAGCCGUGGCAGGAGGUUGGAGGGUGUCAUGGUGGCCCAAAGGUCCUGAGAGUAGAAAAGCAAGGACUUAACCUACAAUCACUUGGUCUGAAGAGAUGAUUGGCAGCUGAAGAGGAGAUUUGACAGAACUGUGAAUCAAUAACUCGGUGCUAACUCUGAAAGCGAGUGGGCUUUAAAUAGAGAGAGACGUCCAGAGUUGGUGAGAGAAGAGGAACUGGUGGGAGGAACCUUUACGCAUGUCCAGAGCUAAUUUGGGAAAGCUAGUGGAAGAGUGCUGCACUCUGCUGAGCAAGAGGAGUGACUCAUAACCUUACGGUGUGUCUGGUACACUCCAACUAAAGCAAGUUCAUUGACCAGUUGGCUUCGAGGCUCCUGGUGCUGAAGACAGGGGAGUCAGACGUUGCAGAUUUUCUCAGUGUUGGAGUGAGGCCCUCUCUGUGCUGCAGUGGAGGGCUUCACAGAUACAGCUAGUCUGGCUGGAUGCAUCACUCAGUGGAGCAGUUAAGCGGGCGAGGCACACGGGACUCCUUCCCUCUGGACGGACUCAACCGGGGGCCAUGGCAUCCCGUGAGCGGCCGCGCCUGGCAGACAACUGCCAGGUGUUCACCUGCAAUGAACCAACCGCAGCUACUUCACCAUCUACCUCCUGCAGCGCUAGGUGGAUUAAACCAUCACAGUAAAUAUUUAAGUAAUGGGCCAAUGCGGGGAGAAGAAAAGCUUGAUCUCCCACCAGCAAUGUUCCCAGGAAUGCAUCGGGAGCAGCAGAGGCCUCCCCCUCAACAUCUUCAUCCUCCCCCUCCUCCUCCUCACAGAGUAUGGGAACAGCAGUACGACUCCCACCAUGCCCCUCAUCCCCAUCCGGUUCUGUCCCUGCCCAACGACCACACUAUGCGUCUCUUUAAUGGUUACCCCGGUAGCGGCGCACAUCUGCUCAACCCACAUCUUCCUCCUAACCGACCAAACCCACUGCUGAAGGAUCCCCAGGGUCCACCACUGCUGGGAGAAGAGAUGCGGGCUCAGGUGCACCAGAGAGGCUACCCAGGGAAGAUGCCGGGGGGUCAGCUGAAGAGACCAGGUCCUCCUCUGGGGGAGCAUUCGGUCAUCCAACACACUCCUCCAGUGUCCCAUCACAUACCUCCUCAUCCAGUAGUCGAGGACACCCCCAGUCCCAGCAAGAGGAGAAAGAGUUUGGAUCAGGUGUCCCACUCAGGGUUGCAGCAUUUUUCUGGCCAGUCUCCAUCAUCGUCUCAACAGCAGACUCCAACUCACCACCAUGCCCUAAAACCUGCUUUCUGGAACCCCAUCCAUAAGGACAAUGGCGUCCCCUGGAAGCCCCACACAUCUGACAGAAAACAUCCACACGAGUAUCAGGAAAGUAAUAAACAAGGGAUGUGCAGCUACACCUCAAAGACCUCUCCCAACUCCUCCAGCCCUUCUAACCUCUCACCCCAUCCUCCGAACUCAUCUCCGGGAGGCUACCAUCAGGGAUGUGCUCCCCACCUGCAGAAAGAUGUGCUACAACCUCAGGCAGUGAAUCAUCACUCCCCUCAUUCCUCCUACCCAAAUCCAAGCUCCAAACUGGAUCUGGGCCCCUCCUGCCAGGCUGUGGAGCCCCGUGGUCUAAACAAACAGAGAAGCCUGCUCGGUGGGGGCCACACACCGCCUACUCCAACCAGGGGAGACAAAGAUCAUCGGGUAAGAGCUCAGUCGUCACCAGCAAACGCUUCUGCAACCAGCAACAAAAACAACAGCAGCAGCAGCAGUGUGCCUUACUGCCACUACCAGCCUCACCCGGGGCUACGACACCCUGGUGCUCCUCCACCCCCUCCUCCUGCCAGCAGCACCUCAGUACCUCAGCAGCAACAAAGUGGUCCCAGUGAGGCUUGGAGAUACCAGAGCAGACCCAGCAGUCAUUCCCUGGAGUCUAGGGUCUACGUGCCUCCAGGUCUGCUACCUCAACCCCAGCAGAGCCACAAUCAGGUUGUAGACAGUCGACUUUCAGGUUCCCAUCAGCAUCAGCGCCACAUCAGUCCCACUGUGCCCCCAACCAACUCCACCCGAACGCCUGUCAUCACAUCUAAUCCCCCCAUGUCUCUGUCCUCCUGCACUAACAGCCGCUACACCAGCAGCUCAGACAGAGUCACAGUGGCUAAUGUCUCUUCAAGAUCUAUGUCACCCCCUGGUGGUUGCUCUGUGAACAACCGCACAAAUCAAAACAGUUGGAGAGGAAUGACAGAUCCAAAGACCCAGAACUCCACCAGCCCCAAAUCUCAGAUGGAUGCUCUGCUGCAGCCAGGUUGUCAGAGAGGCCGGGCUCAACAACAAGACCAGCCCAAACCUCAACACCAGGAAUCUACAAGAUCCCCGCCUACCAAUGGGAAGAUGUCAUACUAUGCUCAGGCUAACCCCCAACAAUCUCCCCGUCAAUUUUCCUCAUCAUCUUUGUUCUCCUUGGGGAACCAAAGAGUGGAGGACAGUGUAAUCACAAGAAGAGAUUCAAAUCCUUUUCCCAAUUCCCCUUCUACAUACUGCCCAGCUUCUCUUCCUUCUGUCAACACUUUGUCUCGAGGAUCCAGACCGAAUCAUCAGCCGCACUCCACAUCGACACAGAUGUUCUCCACUCCACAAGCUUCAACUUCUGUCCCUCAGUCGAUGGGAGAUGUCUUAGAUAAGCUCGACGCUGAGCUGGAGGGGCAUAUGCAAGCUGAGGAGCGGCGGAGGAGAGACAGAGAAGAGCAGGAGAGGAAAAAGGAAGAGGAGAAACAAAAGAGAGAGUUGGAAAUGAGACGAAAACUGGAGGAGGAAAGACAGAAGAAACAGCAGCAGGAGGAGGAAAGGAAAAGAAGAGAAAUGGAAAAAAUUCUUAUGGAGAGAAAAAGAAGGGAAUUGGCAAAGCUGGAGGAAGAGAGGAAAAAGCUGGAGUGGGAAAAGAGAGAGCAGGAAAGGAAGAGGAAAGAGUGGGAGAGACAAGAGGAGGAGCGAAAGAGGAGGGAAGCUGAGAGACUGGAAAGAAAGAAGAGAGAAAUUGAAAGGGCUAAGGAGGAGAAGAGAAAACUUGAGGAGGAAAAAAGGAUGGAGCAGAAGAAAGAGGAAAGCCUCUGCAGUGCUAAAGGAAAAGAGCAGACUGCCAUUGAAAACCUGGAAAGACUUCUCUCUGGAAACACCCCCACAGUGCCCCCACCUCCUCCCCUCUCCGUUCCUACACCUCCCUCAGCUGCACCACCCUCCAUUUCCCAGGCGUCACCUCCGUACCCCUGGCUCAGUCGUGGCGGUGUACCUCCCGCUCCGACUGCCCAGGCCCCCAGCAACCCCACAGAGAGGCUACGGCCUCCUCCCCUCACACCUCAGACUGAGUACGCUAGGGAGAAGCAGCGGCUCAGGGAGAUGGGGAGUAAUGGCGGUGGUGGCGCAACAUUUAAUCCCUCAACACUCAAUACCUCAGGGAUGAACCAGCCCAUACACCCCAGCAAACCCCCAGCAAUGCAAGCAGCACCCAACCAAUCCAAAGACUCCGGCAGGGAGAGAGACCUCCCUACCUUGGCAAUUAGAGAGCCCCCCAAACUUUAUCAGGCAUUUUCUAGAGACAACCUCCCCUUGCCACCUCUGCCAUCAAGCUCAGCCAUUGCCAGGGGAAUCAACAAGAAGUUGACUGAAAGCAGUUGGGAAAACAAUGGUACCGAAUCGGACAGUGCUCAGUUUGAGGAGGAGCCCUCUGAAAUGUCCACAAUGCUCCCUGAUGGUCUGGCUAACAUUAUGGCAAUGCUGGAUGAAUCGAUCAAAAAAGAGGAGGAACUGUACAGCAGUGAGAAGAACGGGUGUGCAGCUCUCAUACACAACUUUAUCCCAGGUGCUGAUCCCAUGAAGAGCUACCUGUGUGCCCCAGACCUGAUCCCAGCCACAAAGCAUCAGCCUAAUCAGGAAGAUUUGGGAUCAAAUCCAAGCCCACCUGUGCUCAGCCGGCAAGGCUCUCUGGCAUCUCCUUGUAGCCGAACUUCAUCCCUUGAGGAAGAGGAGGUCUACCAUAAGGCUGCCCCAAGCGUUCCUCUGAGCACCAAGCCAACUGUGGACAUGGAAAUUGGAGUAGGGAAUACAAACUACCGCCACAGUGACCUGGCUAAACUCUAUGGCCUCCCAGAGCAGAUCAGAAGCGAAGCUGAUGAAGAAUCUGAGGAGGACUCCGAGGCGCCGUCUUGUUCUCCGCCUCCUCAAAGACCCCACCUCCAUCAGACGGGGGUAAAUAGUACGUUUAAGUCUUUGGCAACACUGUUGGAAAGCCAGAAGUAUGCUUAUCGAGGAGGGCCUUUUGGGAGACCACCUCCAUCCGCUCUGGUUGGUGUCAAAUAUUCCUCCUCGCUGUCGCUUGGCCCUGAUAUCUGCCGCCAGCAGCAAGGCAGUUCUCCCACGAGUGAUUCAACAAGCCCACCUUUCAGUCCUGCUGUCCCAUCUCAGAAAUCCUUUCCUCAUUCACUACUGGAGGAUAAGAAGAUAAAAACAGAGGACAGUGACGUGUGGACAGAUGAGGGAGAGAUGGAGGAAAGGGUGAACUCCAUGGAGGAGAGGAAAACCAUAAAGCCCAUUAAGGUCAUCAAGACCGAACAAGAGCUGACCACCAUCUCAGAGUCUUCUCUGAAGGAGCUGGGAAAGAGCUGUGAAGUCAUGCUGUGUCGACAUUCACUUGAUAGAUCCGACCGCCAAGUGAAGUCAGAGGACAGAGACAAACCUGAGAAAGUGAAGGAGCACAAAGACAAGAAAAGGAAACAUGGUCACAGCCACAGCAGCAGGAAAUACAAGGACAAGAAGGAAAGGAAGAAGCACAGAGAGAAGAGAGACGAUGCUUCUUCUUCGUCAUCAUCCUCCAGCUCCAGCCACAAACGCCACAGAGACGGCAAGAGCCACAAAGAGAAAAAACACCGCAGAGUUCUGGGUGAUCUCAAUCUCCACAGGCGAGAAUCUGAGAAGGACCGAGCUCAUUGUGAAUCGGAUAAAAAGAAACGGAAAGAUGGCUUUGGCUCCUCUAGCGAGCGUGCAGCAUGGACCUCGAGUUCAGGGGAAGUGUCUUCUGAACCCAAAAAUGGCACAGACGCCGGCUCGUUAUUAGGUUCCACAGACUUGAUGAAAUUAAAGGCGCUUUCGGACGGUCCGCCCAAGGAGCUGAAGAUUCGGCUCAUCAAGGUGGAAAGCGGGGACAGGGAGACAUUCAUCGCCUCUGAGGUGGAGGAGAAGAGGAUUCCUCUCGCAGAAAUCAGCAUCAAGAACACUGCAAGUGAGAUUAUCCGCUCCUGCAAGUCGGCUCGUAUCAAAGGGAAAUUCAAAGAGUCGUAUCUGCUUCAAGCCUUCUCUGUUAAACCCAUCAUAAGCACGGAUGAACCCAUUCCUAGGGAGAAACUCAACCCCCCUACACCCAGCAUCUAUUUGGAGAGCAAGAGGGAUGCCUUCUCUCCGGUCCUGCUGCAGUUCUGCACAGACCCAAAGAAUCCUGUUACGGUCAUUAGGGGACUAGCUGGAUCUCUUCGACUCAACUUGGGACUCUUUUCCACAAAGUCUCUGGUGGAAGCAAGCGCAGACCAAGCGGUUGAGGUGAGGACUCAGGUGCAGCAACCUGCAGAUGAGAACUGGAACGCCAGCGGCACGGGUCAGACGUGGCCAUGCGAAAGCAGCCGCUCCUACACCACCAUCGCCAAGUAUGCCCAGUACCAGGCCUCCAGCUUCCAAGAGAGCCUCCAGGAAGAGAAAGGCAGCGACGAGGAGGAUGAAGAUGACGAGAAGAAGCCACUCGUUGGUGCUGAUGCUAAUAAAGAUGGCUCCAAAGAGAGCAACAAUGGAGAGCAGAAGCCUGUUGGAAAGAUCAUCAAAUUUGGCACAAAUAUCGACCUGUCUGAUCCCAAAAGGUGGAAGGCCCAACUUCAAGAGCUGCAGAAGCUUCCAGCAUUUAUGCGCGUCGCCUCCAGUGGGAACAUGCUGAGCCACGUUGGACACACCAUCCUCGGCAUGAACACCGUCCAGCUCUACAUGAAGGUUCCUGGCAGCCGGACGCCUGGUCACCAGGAAAAUAAUAACUUCUGCUCAGUGAACAUCAACAUCGGCCCUGGGGACUGCGAGUGGUUCUCUGUGCAUGAAGACUACUGGGAGGCCAUCAAUGACUUCUGUGAAAAGCAUGGAGUGGACUACUUAACAGGGUCCUGGUGGCCGGUGUUGGAGGACCUCUACAGCGCCAACAUCCCCGUUUAUCGCUUCAUCCAGCGGCCCGGAGACUUGGUGUGGAUCAAUGCCGGUACUGUUCACUGGGUGCAGGCCGUGGGUUGGUGCAACAACAUUGCUUGGAACGUCGGACCUCUCAACGGCUACCAGUACCAACUGGCCUUGGAGAGGUUUGAGUGGAACGAAGUGAAGAAAGUCAAAUCCAUCGUUCCUAUGAUUCAUGUUUCCUGGAAUGUGGCCCGCACUGUCAAGAUCACCGAUCCAGACACCUACAAAAUGAUCAAACACUGCCUGCUGCAGUCCAUGAAACACAUCCAGAUCCUACGGGACCAACUGAUAUCUGAGGGAAAGAAGAUUUCCUAUCAGAGUCGGGUCAAAGAUGAGCCUGCCUACUACUGCAACGAGUGUGAUGUGGAGGUGUUCAACUUGCUGUUUGUGACGUGUGAGAACAGCAGCAGGAAGACGUAUGUGGUUCACUGUGAGGACUGCGCCCGACAGCGCAGCCCCAACCUGAACAACGUCGUGGUGCUGGAGCAGUACCGCAUAGAGGAGCUCAUGAACGCAUACGAUUCCUUCGUCUUGGCGUCCUCCUCUCGGUGACAGAGCUCCUCCUCUGGGCGUCCACAGCCAUAACCAAAACUCCUGCAGCGCCAGGACAAGAAACAAAAAAAAAAAGAAGACAGUUUUCACUUUGGUUUCUAAACCCACCAUUUCAUUAUUAUUAUUUUUUUGCUACUGCAACGAUUUGCUGAUCAUCCAGCUGAAUACGUUUACUUGUUACUGUUUACAGAAUCAAAAGUGGGGAAAAAAAAUAGAAAGAAAAGAAACAAGCUGCCAUCAAAAUCCCAGUUUACUCUCAGAUGGUGCUUUGAAGCAGAAACCCUGGCAGCAGGGCAGCUGGUGCUGGCAUUGAACAAACUGUGGAGGAGAAACUGUUUCAAUGGCGCUUUUUUUUUGUUGUUGUCUUGAAUACUGAAAUUUGUACAUGCCGUUUGAAAAUUUCGUGGGGUGCUGUCUUUUUCUAAAUAAUUUAUUGUUUCAGUUUGUUUUUCUAAACUAGAUUAGCCUAGAUAUAUACCACAUUGGCCUUGUAUUUAGAAAAGAAAGAAAAUGAAAUUACUAAUAAUAGAGAUAUGAACAUUUUUCUAAAGCAUUAAGUAUUUUAAAAAUUAAAAUUUUUUGGAAUGCUUCAAAAAAUACGGGUUUUAGCAACAGUUUUUUUAAGGGGAGGGGUUGAGUUGGUGGGGUUUUUUUUCAGAUGCUUGUAUUUGUUGUAAAUCUUGUUCCUAUGAAUUAUACUUUAUUUCUUCUGGAGAUUAAUACUCAGCUGUCACACAUCAUCAGGUCUUUUGUUCUGUUUUUUUCUAGCUCUGUAUGAACUUUGUCCAGAAAAAAAAAAGGUUUGUGCUGUACCUCUCUUUUCAGUAUGCAGUUAUUUUUCUUUUAGCAAUUGUACAUUUAAUUUAAAAAAUGUUUUCUCUAUUUAUUGGAUAUUAAUGUUCUCCCUUUUUAAUGAAUUGUACAUUGUUUUUCCUCAUUUUUUUUUGGACACGGUGACUUGCUUUGUAUGAACUGAAACAUGGAGGCAUCUCUGUGGCGGUGGAGGGCGAUGUUUUCCUGGUGCUUGCCUCUCGACCUCUGCCUUUUCGCUCCUGAUAUAUAUUGAAUUAAAUCUUUAUCUUGAAUAUAACACCACCUUUCCUGUAGAUGAUAGACACACUGCUCACGUAGAGAUGACUAAUGGAAUGCUGUGUUUGUAUCCUCAUUAAGGAAAAAAAAAAUUUUUCCAAAGUGUUUUGAGAAAUGGUAAUUUUUUUUUUUUACUACACAGGGGGCUUUUAGACAAGAUUUUUAUGAUAUUUGUUGAAUAUAAUGGGAUAGAUGGUGCUAAAUGUUCUCUUUUGAACAAUUUUUUUUUGUCCUCUAAAAUUGAGAAAUCUAUUUUUCCUGUUGCAAUAUUACCUUUUCCUUCUCUUUGUGGUCAUUUAUUUAUAACUGCACUGUUUUAGCGAAUUCACACAGACCUACUUGCAGACACACACACCAAACUGAGCCAGACAUGUCUUAAACACUUGUGAAUUUGUGUGACAUUACUAUGACUAUUAAUUAAACACUUGAUAAAUCCAGGCAAA